UAUUGUAUAACCACUGCAGUUAACCUAAUAUCGAUUUUAUUUAAAGAAAAACAAACAGUGCGCUUUUUAUCUGGGCGCAGACUGAACACUUGUCCUUUUUGUUUUUGACAACACAGAGGGGCCAAUAUGGUGUUCAGAUUCCUUUACUGUCCGCUAAUCCUGUGGCUGGCCCUAGCCGCCGCAGUGGGCUCAGUGCUCGGGCUUGGUGAAGACCUCGACCGGCCACUAUUCGGGCCACCCGGGUCUCCUAUCCGUCUGCACGAGUCCGACCCGGGAUUGAAAAAGGCUAUGCUUUUCGCAGAGGAAAGGUACAACCGGGGCUCCAACGCCAUGCACCUCCGCAGAGUCAGCCGGUUAAUCUCUGCUACUAAACAGCUUGUGAAGGGAAUCCGCUACACUUUAACAGUGGAACUGAGCAACACCCAGUGUAAGAAAUCUGCCAUGCUCAGGACAUGUGACUUCUAUCCUGAGUCACAGCAACUCAAGACAGAAGUAUGCUUGUUUGAAGUAUGGGACAUUCCAUGGCAGGGCUCCUCAACCCUGCUAAAACAGAAGUGUCAACCAAAAGCAGUUGAUGCUGAAGUAGAAGAGACCAACAAGGUGGAGGAUGUGUCCACCAGCCAGCCUCUGGAGGAGUCUGUAGAGCUGCUGGGCCAGUUCAAAGAGUUCAUGGUUAAGUACAAUAAGGUGUACAGCAGCCAGGAGGAGGCCGACCGUCGUUUGCGAGUCUUCCACAAGAACCUGAAGAUGGCCGAGAAGCUCCAGUCUUUGGAUCAAGGGUCAGCUGAGUACGGAGUCACCAAGUUCAGCGACCUAACUGAGGAGGAGUUUCGCUCCACAUACCUGAACCCGCUCCUGAGUCAAUGGACUCUCUAUCAACCAAUGAAACAGGCUUAUCCUGCCAAAGACCCUGCCCCUGACAGCUGGGAUUGGAGGGACCAUGGAGCUGUCAGUCCUGUUAAGAACCAGGGCAUGUGUGGAUCUUGCUGGGCAUUUUCUGUCACAGGAAACAUUGAGGGCCAGUGGUUCCUGAAAAAUGGAACUUUAUUGUCCCUUUCUGAACAAGAACUGGUUGACUGUGACGGGCUGGAUCAGGCAUGCAGAGGAGGACUGCCAUCAAAUGCUUACGAAUCUAUUGAGAAGCUCGGUGGUUUGGAGACUGAAACAGACUACUCCUACACCGGUCGCAAACAGAAGUGUGACUUCAGCAACAGGAAGGUGGCCGCCUACAUCAACAGCUCCGUGGAGCUGUCCAAAGAUGAGACGGAGAUUGCAGCCUGGUUGGCCGAGAAUGGGCCAAUCUCUGUUGCUCUGAAUGCUUUUGCCAUGCAGUUUUAUAGAAAGGGUGUGUCUCACCCCUUGAAGAUCUUCUGUAACCCCUGGAUGAUUGAUCACGCUGUGCUGCUGGUUGGAUACGGAGAACGUAAAGGUAUCCCAUUCUGGGCCAUCAAAAACAGUUGGGGGGAAGAUUAUGGAGAGCAGGGUUAUUACUACCUGUACAGGGGCUCCAAUGCAUGUGGCAUCAACAAGAUGUGCUCAUCUGCUGUAGUCAACUAAACUGCCAACUCAAACUUAUUUUCAAGCUCUUACACAUUUCCAUACUACAUGCAGCCACCAGCUGGCCCCAGCUCAACACCACUCACACAGAAUACACACAGAUCAAUGUCAGACAUAUAAAGUCCUACUGAUGCUUCUGUUCCGUUAAACCAAACGUGUAUUUUACUUUCAUGCCUCACACCUCACCAUCACAUUAACAAACCAGCUCUAAUGAAGCUAGCUUUUAUGUGAAACUGAAGUUUUAGAUUAUUUUAAACUUACGCGGAUGUUUUAUUUUGUUAUCAUUAUAACUCUGUGUGUAAUUGGUUGUACCUCAUCUCUGCUAACAAUUACUGAGCCCACUCUUGGUAUUGAAGUUAGAUUCUUGUCUAGUCAGUUUUCUCAGAAGACUUAUGAGUGUGUGCAAAUAUAAUAUCUUUAAAAGAGUUUUUUUUUCUAGAAGGAAAAGAUUUUGGCUUUACUGUGGUCUGCACAUUACUACAAACUGCAGUGCAAUUGUACCUGCUGCUGUUGAAGUAAACACUGAAUGGUGGUUGAAUAAAGAUUGUGAAAUCCCA